UGCAAACGGCCCACACUGAAAUUUCAAUCAUUAAAAAAUCCAUUCCAACAACAACAACAAAAAAUUACAGGUAAACAGCGGUUAAUGUAUUUCCGUAUCCAAAGGUUCCUCCUGGUCUUGGUUUCCAUCCGGAACAUUAAAGCGCCGUACUCGGUCAUCAUGUGUUUUUGGAUGGUUCUCAUAUUGGGACUGUAAUAAGGACCUUCCAUCAUGUUGUGUGUUUCUACGGUAGCUAUACGGAGACCCUUUCAGAACUGUUUACGACAUGGUUUACACUACAAACCCAGUAGAUGUUCACUUAAAUGGCUCCUGGGAAACACAGUCCAAAGAGCUUUGGCGUCCUCUGGACCUGGAACGUCCAGAUCACGAGAAAGAGUCAUCCCUGUUUUCACCAAAGCCUUGGCUUACAAAGACAAAGUGGCCAUUAUAGAUGAGAGCAGGAACCACAGCUAUAGCUGUCUUUACCAUAGCAGCAGAGGAUUAGCAGCACAGAUAUGCCAAGCAUUACCCUGCCACUCAGGAGAUCUACAGGGCAAGCGCAUUUCCGUUCUGUGUGCCAAUGAUGCGUCCUAUACAGUGGCUCAGUGGGCAACGUGGAUGUGUGGUGGCACGGCUGUGCCGCUCUACCGAAAGCACCCAGCGUCUGAGCUUGAGUAUGUCAUCUCAGACUCUCAGAGCUCACUGUUGCUUGCUGGUGAACCUUACACUGUCAUGCUGGAGCCUUUAGCACAGAAACUGGGGCUGCCGUGCCUGCAUCUCCCUCCCACUGCCAGCCUGGACACACUGCAGACAGCAGAGGCACUCUGCCAGUCUGAGGAGGCAAUUUCAGAUUGGGCAGAGAGGCCAGCCAUGAUUAUUUACACCAGCGGAACGACAGGAAGACCAAAAGGAGUUCUGCACACACACAGCAGCCUACAAGCAAUGGUCCAGGCCCUGGUGAGUGAAUGGGCUUGGAGCAGAGAUGAUGUGAUUCUGCACACACUGCCCCUCCAUCAUGUCCAUGGCAUUGUGAAUAAGCUCAUGUGCCCACUGUGGGUUGGGGCCACCUGCAUCAUGCUGCCCGACUUCAGCCCUCAGAAGGUAUGGGAGCUGUUGCUGAGUUCCCAGUCUCCAACGGUGACAGUGUUCAUGGCUGUUCCCACCAUUUACUCAAAACUGAUCCAGCAUUACGACCAGCACUUCACACAUCCACAUGUACAGGACUUCAUCAGAGCUGUGUGUAAAGAGAAGAUCCGGUUGAUGGUGUCCGGUUCGGCUGCACUCCCCCAGCCCGUUCUGGAACGUUGGAGAGAGAUCACGGGUCAUGUACUGCUGGAGCGCUACGGCAUGACUGAGAUCGGCAUGGCGCUGUCCAACCCUCUGAACGGACCACGCAUCCCUGGUGCAGUUGGAACUCCACUCCCGGGCGUUGAAGUGCGAAUCGUCAUGACAAACACAAGCAACACCACCAUCGCCGAGGGCGACAGCAAGCACACGCAGGUAAAGCCUGGGCUGGAGGGGCGGGAGGGUGAGCUGCAGGUUCGAGGCUCCUCUGUGUUUCAGGAAUACUGGAGUAAACCACAGGAGAUGAAGGAUAACUUCACGGAAGAUGGCUGGUUCAAAACUGGCGACACUGCGGUCUACAAAGACGGUGUCUACUGGAUCAUGGGACGAACUUCUGUAGACAUUAUAAAGAGUGGCGGCUACAAGAUUAGCGCUCUGGAUGUGGAGCGCCACCUGCUGGCCCACCCUGACAUCACAGAUGUGGCUGUAAUUGGGGUACGGGACUCCACCUGGGGGCAGAAGGUUGUAGCGGUUGUGCAGAUGAAGAGUGGGAAGACAAUCGGUCUUCCUGAGCUGAAGGCCUGGGCCAGGCUUGCGUCAGAGCGUGGAGCGUGUUGAAUCACGCAGGAGGCUGAUGGUCCCUCUGGGCCACUGCCAAAUCGAUGGAGAUGUUCAAGAACACAGCUUUUUGAGUGAGUACACUUUGGUUUCACUCGCACACAUCAACAGCGGCUCGUGUGCAACUCAGCAGCUGUGUGCUGAUCGUCGGGGCAGCGAUGAAUGAAGGGAUGCAGCUAAAAUGGCUCUCGGCUCACAAACACUGCACGUGGGCAUGAGCUACUGGUUUGUUUGUUGUUGUUUUUUUUAAACCCCACAUCUUUUAGCUCUUUCUGUUUAAUAUCUUUGGGUUUUUUAGUUUCCUUUUGAUGAUUUUACUCACCUGUGUUGUGCCUCAGAUACAAAACUAUUAGGAAACAGCUACAAAUUUCUCUCUCUCUCUCUCUCUCUCUCUUUCUGCAUCAAUUUAUUUACAGUAUGUCUUUUUCUUGCACAUUUGAGUACCUCUGAAUGCUUACAAAAAGCUCCGUAUGGUGUAGGGAUCCGAGUGCCCUGGCUGUGUUUUGUUGGUGGUGUGUGUGUGUGUGUGUAUCUGUUUGUUUGCAUGAGUGUAUACGCUUGAGAAGUUGUGGUGUUGACCUGUCCUUGCUCCUGUCAGCAUAGCCCGAGGUAGUGUAUUACACACAAACACAUCUUAGUGAGCUACUUCUGUGUGUAUUACUGCAGCUCCACACAGGAUGAUUAGAACAUUCAUUUAGCUGAAAUUGCAUUUUAAGAAUUAAAGGCGUUAAUUAGUAAUAAACUGUCUUAAAUGUCCAAUUCUAAAUGGAAUUAAACCCGUUUUGAGCACAGACUGUGGAUAAUAUGCAUGACAGACAGGGACUUUGUAUUAAACUGGGGUGAGGGUGCUUGCUAUUGGUCUGGUAUACACUGAGGUGCAUUGAUAUGGGGAAAUAUGAUCCAGACGUGCUGGAGAAUACUGAAACUAUCCUGCGAUUUCCAAGGAAGAUGCUGUAAUGCGGUUGUUUUUUUCCUAACUGAGAGGAUUUAGACAGUUUUCCUUAUGUGUACUUUUUGUGCGUAUAUUCAGUAAUUUUGGUAAGACAUUGACAAGGUUGUAAAACUGUAUUUAAUGCGCGCACACACACACAACAUGCUGUAUUUUUAUUUACUGUUGCUUUGAAUCAAUUCUAUUUCUAACAUGUGCCUGAAGCAUCUUCAUCACUGAAGCAAACGUGGUGUUCAUAAGCUCUUAACCAUACAUAGUUACAUAGUCCAUGCAAACAAUCUACACAUUAAAAAAGGCUUGUAUAUGGGGGAUAUUACACAGUUGCACAAACAUAUGAAGUUUAUCUUUGAGUGGUAAUGGACAUAUCACGAGUGAGUAAAGUGAACAAGUGAAAUAUUUUUCAACACGAGAAGAUAAACCUCAUAUCUUUGCACCACUGUGUAAUGUUCUUUAUAUUAUAUGGGGGGGGCGGCACGGUGGUGUAGUGGUUAGCGCUGUCGCCU